UGCAGAGAACAUGCACUGUGAGCUCUAGAGGGAGGGUCUGUGAGAGUGCGCAGAGUUUUUAUGUCUUGGUUUCCAUUCAGUGGAUGCUCAGUGGCCCUUGAACAGCUUGGACUUAACUGCUGAGCGGCUGACUAACAGGUGGUGCGUUCGGGGGGGAAUCAGCGAGAGCUCAGAGUGUGGAGGACCGUUGCAGCAGAAUGUUGAAGUGGUUGCUUGUUGUGGUUCUCUGUGCCGGGGGCUCGGAGGCCUGGUUUUCCUCAGAUCCAGAGCCUACGACACAGGCCGCGGCAGAGACAGGUGCGACCACCUUGGCAGCCAAAGACACUCAGAAAAAGGAGGUGGAGGAGGAUGACGACCUGUCUGGGGUCGGGGAAGAGAUAAUCAACGUGGCCACAGGAAUCCGUAAGUUUGUCCAGGCGUGGGACGCGACCACCGCCCUGCCCACGACCCUGCCCACGACCCUGAGCGCCAGGACGACUAACGGAGGCCUGACAGCGAAGGUGGAGAGCGCGAAGCCGAACGCUACGGAAGAGAGCGGCGUCUCUUUGCUUCAGCUGAUCGGAGACCCUCCGCCUGAUGAGAUCUCCCGGGUCUACGGACAGAGGGGGGAGGCCUCCUAUGUCUUCACCCCGGGCGCCGUGUCGGGCCAGCCGGCUCUGGCCCAUCCCAACCCUUUCCAUCGCCACUUCUCCCUCGUCUUCCAUAUCAAACCUUCUUCACCGGCCGGCUCCGUCCUCUUCUCCAUCACAGACGGGUCUCAGAAGAUCAUGUACAUCGGUGUGAAGCUCAGCGCCGUGCGCUCCCAACGUCAGAGGGUGCAGUUCUUCUACACCGAGCCCGACUCUGAUGCUUCGUAUGAGGCGGCCAUUGAGGUGCCGAGCAUGGUGGGAACAUGGACCCGCUUCUCGCUGUCUGUCUUUGAGGAGACGGUAACUUUCUACCAGGGCUGUGACUCCGAGCCGCAGGUGGUGAAGUUCGAGCGCUCACCUGAUCCUAUGGAGCUGGACCCGGGGGCGGGGAUCUUUGUAGGUCAGGCAGGAGGAGCCGAUGCUGACAAGUUCCAGGGUGAGAUCUCCGACUUUAAACUGGUUGGAAACCCUCGAGCAGCCGAGCGCUUGUGCGAGGACGAGGAUGACGAGGACUUUGCUGCGUCUGGUGACUUUGGCAGCGGUGAUGGGGAGGGGAGACGGACGGGACACACUGUGAAGACCACCCCGGACUCCCUCCGCCCCAUACCUGCACCCCCUCUGAUCUCGUCGAAGGGAAGCAGAGUCAAAGAAACAGACGCCAGGUUUCGGCAGGAGUCGGUGGACCAGAGUCGGUCUGGACAAGCUGGAUCCAGAGGUGCCGGCGAUGCUAAAGGAGAGAAAGGUGACAGAGGAGAGAAAGGUUUGAGGGGUGACACGGGCCCUACAGGACCGAAGGGAGAGUCAGGCUCCAGCUUUGGCUCUGGUUCUGGUUCGUCGUCUCAGGGUGGAGACCGAGGACUCAAGGGAGAAAAAGGUGUAAAGGGUAACUCUGGCUUCGGUUACUCCGGUAACAAAGGUGAACGUGGGGAUCCGGGGCCUCCUGGGCCCCCUGGCCCUGCUGGACCUGCAGCUGAGGUGGUUCGACUCGGGGACGGCUCUGUUGUGCAGCAGGUCUCUGGACCUCAGGGACCGCCUGGGCCACCUGGGUCAAACGGAUCUCCUGGACCCGCAGGAACUGAUGGAGAGCCUGGUGAUCCAGGAGAGGAUGGAAAAACUGGUCCAGCAGGGCCACCAGGUUUCCCAGGAACUCCAGGAAGUCCUGGUACCAAAGGCCAAAAGGGUGAGCGUGGAGAGGGUGAACCUGGACUCAGAGGCCCCCCAGGUCCUCCAGGACUUCCAGGAUCUGGCAAUGGCGACCGCCCGACGUUCUUGGACAUGGAGGGCUCAGGAUUUCCAGACUUGGAAAGGUUUCGGGGAGCUCGUGGUCCCCCAGGUCUCCCAGGUCCUCCUGGAAUUCCUGGGACUUCAGUCACUCUGGGAGCCAACGGUCCAGUAGCUUUUGGACCUCCAGGACCACCAGGAGUAGAUGGACUACCUGGUCUACCAGGCGCCCCUGGUCCUCCAGGUAGACCAGGUCCACCUGGACCUAGCGGAACAAAGGGUGACGGCGGGGAGCUCGGUCUUCCAGGAGCAGCUGGAGAAAAGCAAGACUCCCAAGACUCCAACCCUUUCACCUACCUCUUCUCUUACUUUGCUCCGUCCUCUACGGGUGCUCAGGGUGACGUAGGUAGAACAGGUACAUCUGGGCAGACUGGGCUUGCAGGGCUUCCAGGUCCCAUGGGACCCGUUGGACCCCCAGGACCCCCUGGACCUCCUGGGCCACCGCAACGCUUUGGCUUUGGUAACGAGGUUGGAUUUGAGGGGGGCAAUAGCUUACCUGGCCCACCUGGACCACAGGGUCCAGCUGGUAUUCCUGGUCUACCUGGUAAGCCAGGACUGCCAGGUAUCCAUGGAAACAAAGGAUCAGAGGGACUACGAGGACCUCCUGGGAUACCGGGACUCGAUGGGUUCUCUGGACAGCCCGGUCUAAAGGGAGACCGAGGAGAGAGAGGAGAUCCGGGUUUGCCAGGACGAGAGGGUGGGCCACCUGGACCUCCGGGGCCUCCUGGACCUCCAGGACAAGUCACCCAGCAGACCUCAGAUUAUAAUGACGUUUAUUGGAACGAAGGGUGGCAGGGUGCACUGCCAGGCCGAGCAGGAUUCCCAGGGCCCUCCGGACCAAAGGGAGAUAAAGGAGACUCAGGUCCUCCAGGAUAUGCACCUCAAGGGGCAAAAGGAGAGCCGGGUGUCAUCAUGGGGCCUGAUGGGAGACCUCUGUACCUGGGUGGUCUGGCAGGACAGCAGGGCGACAGUGGACCUCCUGGCCCUGUGGGACCUCCAGGUCCCUAUGGUCCUGGAGGCCAGAAGGGAGAGAUUGGGCUUCCGGGGAGACCAGGUCGCCCUGGUCUGAACGGCGCCAGAGGAGAAAAGGGAGAUUCUGGCACUGGAUCUGGAUAUGCUUACCCUGGUCCUCCAGGUCCACCAGGCCCCCCUGGACCUCCUGGAGCGUCCAGUCCCUACGACAGGCAAAGUGGAUAUGAUGAUUCCUCCAGGUAUUAUCCAGCCGCUAAAGGAGAGAAAGGUGACCAAGGACCGCCUGGGACGCUUGAAAUUCAAGGCUACGGGUCGCUUGACAUUUACACUUUGAGAAAUGAGAUGAAAGGGGAAACUGGAAGUCCCGGCUUCAAAGGAGAGAAAGGAGAACCGGCUGGAGGACAUUAUGACCCCCGUUAUGGAGGAAGCGGAUUCCCAGGGCUGCCUGGACCUCCUGGUCAAAAAGGCGACUCCAUCGUUGGUCCUCCUGGCCCUCAGGGGCCAUCUGGUCCACCAGGAAGAGGCUACGAUGGACAAGCCGGACCACCAGGCCCUCCUGGACCACCAGGCCCAUCCUUACCUGGGGCUUACAGGGGGACACAGACUAUCAAUAUUCCUGGACCACCGGGACCCCCUGGUGCACCUGGAAUACCUGGACACUCCACAGGGGUGACCGUUUUGAGGUCUUAUGACACCAUGACAGCCACCGCUAGAAGACAACCUGAAGGCUCCCUGGUUUACGUUUUAGACCAAACUGAUCUCUACUUACGGGUCCGAGAUGGAGUUCGUCAAGUCCAGCUUGGAGGCUAUAUUCCUUUGCCCAGUGAGGAUGGUAAUGAGGUUGCAGCUGUGGAGCCCCCACCUGUCGUCCCCUACUACCCUGACCACCACUCUCACACCGACACCUCUGCUCGCGACGCCCAAGGGCAACCCGAGAGUCCGGUCCACCCCGGCACCGAGCAUCACUCACACCCAGACCAGCAUCACCCGUCGCACCCAGAUCCACGCAACCCAACUCACCUCGAUCCCAGAUACCAGCCUGACAACAGGUAUCAGCCCGACCCGCGGUACCCCGUACCCACAGAUCCCAGGUUUCCCAGUUACUCCGACCGGUUUAACCAACCAGACGGCAGGUAUUCUGUUCACACCACACAGGCUCGUCCUGUGUACCCGGACACUCACCACGCAGUCACUCCUCAGAGGAGGCCGGCUCCUCCUGAGCCCCAGACUCCAGUCCACCGUCAUAACUCAGGUCCAGGGCUCCACCUGAUCGCCCUGAACAGCCCUCAGAGCGGCUUCAUGAGGGGAAUCCGCGGUGCAGACUACAUGUGCUUCACUCAGGCUCAGGCCGUCGGGAUGAAGGGAACUUUCCGGGCCUUCCUGUCCGCCAAACUCCAGGAUCUCCACAGCAUCGUCCGCAAGGCAGACAGGGACCGAAUGCCGAUAGUCAACCUUAAUGAUGAGGUUCUGUUUGACAACUGGGACGCCAUCUUCAAUAAUGGCAGGAUGAAGGACAACGUGCCCAUCUACUCCUUUGAUGGCAAAAACAUUAUGAGUGACAGCACAUGGCAGGAGAAGAUGUUGUGGCACGGGUCGACCAGCGGCGGGCUGCGGCACGUUGAUAGCUUCUGCGAGACGUGGCGUGUGGGCGACCAGGCGCUGACCGGCAUGGCGUCGUCGCUGCAGAGUGGCAGCCUGCUUCAGCAGAGCUCCAGCAGCUGCUCCAGCUCCUACGUGGUGCUGUGUGUGGAGAACAGCUACGUCCACUCCAGGAGAUAGACACACACACACACACACACACACACACACACACACACACACACACACAGCAGUGGAUGCUUUAAUCCACACACACACGUCUCUGUGUUUGCACCACAUGUGGUGAUUUGUAAAUAUGUUUUUUCACAUGAAUAAUGAGUUAAUGUUUGUUAGCCCUUCAUUUAGGGUGCUUUAAAGAAUAAUUCCACUAGUUGAACCAAAGUUAAGCUCAGGUGACAGACGGUAACACACCCUCCAGCAGCCAUGUUGGAAGUUUCAUGACUUUAUUAGAAGUCAAUUAGAACUCAAUUAGAAGCAGGCUGAAAACAGGCUGUGAACUUAAACGCUUUAUUUCUUCUCUGUUCUUUCAUCGCGCUAAUAUUCAUCCAAAUAUUCAAAUAAGCCUUCCUGGUGUCUUUAAUCUUUAAUUUUUUUUUAACAAAACAUGUCAUGAAUCAAAAUCAGGACUUCUUAUAUCAGGGCUCUACUUCAUAGAAGGCCGUUUUUUUAAUCUGUCACAUUUUUCAGCUAGAAGAAAUCUCUCUCUCAGCGACGGAUAUACCACAAUGAUCAUGGACCACAACAAGCGUUUCAUGCUUUCUUCUCCGCCUGCCUGUUUAAUCAAAAACAUGUCAUCUUGAAAACAAACCAAAGGUGCAGCUAAAGUACCUAAACCAUCUUAUAUGUGCUAAUAAUGGUCUCAUUAAGGUUUCCUGUACCUUUAAAAACCACAUUUCCAUUUCACAGACCGCAUCAGUCGUCAGUGACAUGCAUCAAAGACAAGUUUGGAUAAUAAUGAAGCCUUUUCUUUCUGCCGUCAAUCAGACAUUCCAGCAUCCUAAAGCAGCAUAAACAUGAGUUAUCAUACGUGAAAUGUGUUUUUUUAUUUUUUAUUUUAUGACUUCUCUUUUUACACUGAUGUUUCCUGUAACCCAAAGCACUUGAUUAACCGUUUUUAUUUUCUACUUUUGCUACUGUUGUUUUUCUUUUUUUUUCUUGGGAUGAUAUUUUCAAAUCAUUUUUUUUAACAAUAACAAAGGGAUAUUUAUUUUUUAUAAACUGUGCAUUUUCUAGUUUAACUAUGACGUGUGAUAGCAACAUUUCCAAAUAUAACCAGCUGAUAUGCAAACCGAUGCAACUUAAGGGACAAAGUUUGUGCACGAGCAAAUCCAAGUAAUGUACAGAUUUUUUUUUUUACAUAGGAGUCAGCCAUAUAUGUUUGUCAAUGCACUGUUGCUUUUUAUAUUUGAUUUCAAGUUUAGCUUUUUAUUCCAAAACAGUGAAUGCACUGCAGUCAGGACACACAUAGGAGAGCAUUUAAACAACCUGCAGUCUGUGGUGUUAACCUACAGUCUAACCUACAGUCUGAGGUGUUAACAUAUAGUCUCUGGUGUUAACCCAGAGGGGAGAGUAGAUUGACAGUUUUAUUCAGCAGUGCCAAAGUCAAAGCAGUGAGAUUUAUUAUCUGUUAUUCUUCUUGUGUCUCAUUGAAUAAACCAGUGUGGAAAUGAG